UUAGAUCAUUCCGUGUAGGCGCUUGGGAAUACUGUACCACUAUAUUCUGCUAUAUUCUGAUUUAGAGAUUAACUUUUGCCCGUGAGCCAAAAUUAGAAAAAGAACCUUUGGACUAUAGAUUUUUCUUCUAGUAUUUUCUGUCCUCCUCUUUGGAUUAUCGUUUAUAACAAAAGAUAUUUAUUAACGUUUUAAUCGCUGCAACUGAGCCAAUUUCUGAGAAGUACAAGACCAUACUAAUGGGGACGAUGCAAAAUGGCUAUUUAGUUGAUGAUUCGUGCACAAAUGGUUCUUUCGUAAAAUUGCUCUGCCGGUCUCUUGAAGCUGUCUGCAGAGUCGUGGAAGCGACAGCCCGAAAUGCCACUAACAGCGAGGGCCACAACAUCACUGAGACAGUGCUCGCUGUGGACAAAUGGAACAACUACAACUUCUGGAUCGGCCUCUCCCUGGCGGUGUUCUCGGCCUUUCUUAUUGGUGGGAGUGUUAUUCUCAAGAAGAAGGCGCUGCUCCGUCUGGCUGACAAGGGAGAGACGAGAGCAGGUGACGGAGGUCAUGGGUACCUGAAGGACUGGAUGUGGUGGGGCGGACUCCUGACCAUGGGGGCUGGCGAAGGGGCGAAUUUUGCAGCCUACAUGUUUGCCCCAGCCACUGUGGUCACCCCGCUUGGAGCCCUGAGUGUCCUCAUCAGCGCAAUUUUGUCGUCCUUCCUGCUGGGGGAGACACUAAAUCUCCUGGGUAAGCUUGGCUGCGUGCUGAGCCUGUUGGGCAGCACCAUCAUGGUGAUCCAUGCCCCUGAGGAAGAGGAGGUGACCACCCUGCAGCAGAUGGCAGAGAAGCUCCUUGAUCCUGGUUUCCUGGUGUAUGCCAGCAUUCUUCUCAUCGCCUGUUUGGUCCUGAUUUUCUACUCCUCCCCUCGCGUGGGACAGACCAACAUCCUGGUGUACAUCAGCAUCUGCUCCCUCCUGGGGGCCUUCACCGUGUCCUCCGUCAAGGGCCUGGGCAUUGCCAUCCGAACCUUCUUCACAAACCCCUCCGUGGUGCGCCACCCCCUCACCUGGAUCCUCCUGGGCUCGCUGGUGGGCUCCAUCAUCACGCAGGUGAACUACCUGAACAAGUCGCUGGACACCUUCAACACGCUGCUGGUCUACCCCAUCUACUACGUGUUCUUCACCACCGUGGUGCUCGCCACCUCCAUCAUCCUCUUCAAAGAGUGGGGCUCCAUGUCCGGGGUGGACGUGGUGGGCACCGUAUGCGGCUUCCUGGUCAUCAUCCUGGGCGUGGCCAUGCUGCACCUGUUCAGGGACGUCCAGGUGUCUCUGGACACCCUCACGCGGUCCCUUGGCCAGCGGUCCGAGGAGGAGGAAAGGAGGAAGGUGGAAGACAAGCACGUGCUGAUCGAGAACAUGGAGUGUCUGCCCCCGAUGAGAGAGGAGGGGCCCAGAGUCUUCAUCAUCAGCUGAGGGACAUGAGAUGAA